UGGUACAAGGUAGUCGGCAAGGGUCGAGAUGAUCUGGUGAGUUCUUCAUGCUUGACUCGUGCCGUCCAAUGGGAACUGCCGAUGUCUUUCUUUUGCAAAUAAUGAGGCAUACGCAUCGCUUACCCUAUUCAUUGGCGAUAAUUGAGCUGUUUGGAACACAAUAUCCCAAUACUUAGUCACAAAUGCAAAUUACCAACGCCCAAAUCGCACCACAACAGUUUACGCCGAUUCCAUUUUCGUUGGGCAAAGUACUAUCUAAAGACACUGCGACGAGAGCCUCUGUUAAAGAUGCCUUUUAGAUAUCGACAUCUUGGGUUGCUGCUUCUGUGUCUAUCCGUAUCGUUUGCUCAGCAAUUCAUCUCGGAGCCGAAAGAUACAACCGCUUAUGUAGGAGGAGAGGUGACUUUGAACUGUGUUCUAAAUUCGGGACACGGCAGCCAUUUGUGGGUGAAGGACUCCGUCCUCAUUACCCAAGAGUACAGCCCACUUUCCCACGUUGUUGAUGACGAUGACUCCGGUAGAUAUGCAAGGUAUACUGUAAUUCCUUCAGAAACAACCGGUUACUAUGGUUACAGCCUUCAUAUCAGCAAUGUCCAACCUCAAGACGCUGGUGUCUUCCAAUGCAUUGUACUGGGUGGUGAGAAUGGUCUUGAGUCCGAGAAGGCAACCUUGCAAGUCUUGGCCGCACCAGAGAAAGAUUAUCCAGAGUGCAGCACUACCACUGGCCUCCACGUAAGUGUCGGAGAAGAGGUCACUUUCUCGUGUCAAUCGAACGGAGGUUCUCCUGCAACUGUCCUGAAAUGGCUUCGAGAUUUUGAUUUGACUGAACCUAGCGAGGUAAGCAACACCCAUACUUGGACCGUGACAGAGAACGAUGACCAAGCUAUCUUCACGUGCCAGGGAGAACAUAUGCUAUGGAGUACCCCACGGACUUGCUCCGUUGGACCCUUUAAGCUCAACAAUGGUGAACCAGCGGUGAAGAUUACAGGGUUGGAGGCUAUCAUCCCACAAACAACUGCUACAUUCAUCUGCAGUGCCCAAUAUAUUUCGACUCCAGAGUUCUCUUGGUAUAUCGAUGGUAAUGAGGUUAGGCAUGGGGACGAACGUAUCAUCAUACGUGAUUCGUUUGGAAACAACGCCAUAUUGGAAAUAGCUGACGCUUCCGUGGAAGAUAACGGGAAAAGUGUCGAAUGCAAAGUCAAAUACUUCGGAGGAAUCUUGACGUCGGAAUUUGCCGUGAUAAAUGUUAUAGCGGCUCCAACCAGAGCGCCGACGAAGGAACCAAACACCAUAGUACUCGAUCUCGACGAUGAACACCUGGAACCAAGAGACUCGGGUGUUUCAAGCAGCGCAAUUGUUGGUGCAACCAUGGGUAUUAUCGCGCUUGUUCUCCUAGUUGUCAUCUUCGUUGGCAUCGUCACUAUUCGACGAGCAGCGAAAAAACUUGAGGGACAAGAUGAGAACGGUGAGAAUUUUUCGAUGCGCAGUCGUUACGUUGGUGUUCUUCGCUCCUGGUUCUUCCCCGUCCACGAGCACACUCAAAAGUCCAUGGCGUCAUUUGGUGUCGGACCACCUAUGGAUAAUAAAGCCUUCGAAAAAUAAUUCAUUCAUUCAUUUCUUUUGAUUUGCUAAUUUUUUUGAUAAUAUAAAAUAUCUACCCGUUUGAAUUACUAUUAUAUGUGGUAUUAUAAGAGGGUACUCUUUAAUUUCUUAAUUAAUUUUUUUAGAAACAUUUAUGUAUUAUCAAUUUGUAAUGACAUGAUAAUUAAUGAUAAGCGUAAAUCACUAAACCACCUUGAAAAAUGUUAAACGAUGGUCCUUUGCAUUAAUGAUUGAGGCAUCGUAUAAUAAUUUUAAUUUUGUUAUGUUAUCGAUUGUGAAUCUUUUGUUGAAAUAAAUUACCGUUACCAAAUU